GUGUGUGUGUGUGUGUGUGUGAGCUUCCACAGAACAGACCACAUAUUGCAGUGAAGAGCACACGGGAGAAAACACUCACUCACACGCACACACACACACACACACUCUCUCUCUCUAUCAGGAUCAUCAGAGAAAAGAACGUUCAAACCCAUCAGGUCGUUGGUCGAGUGUGUCUAGGCAGCUGUAAUCAUCAUGGCAUUAGGAGGAUGUGGACAGAUCUGCAAAUGGAUCGUCAUCCUGUUCAACAUACUCCUCAUCUUGGUGGGUAUGGCUUUAGUAGCAGCUGGAGUGUAUCUGCAAUUCAGUGCAAUCACACUUGAGGAGUUGAAAACCAAACAUUUCAUCUUCAUGGUCGGACUAUGCAUAGCCGUUGGUGUUGUGAUUCUCAUCACUGCCUCGGUUGGAGAUUACGGCUCCUGUAGUGAGAAUAAAUCUGCACUCAGUGUGUACUGCUCUCUGCUGGUUUUGCUCGCUGCAGCAGCUGCCAUCGGAGGUGGCGUGGCCUUUGUUAACAACAAAGAGUUCUCAGGCCACGUUGCAGAGUUUUACACCACCAUCUAUACCCAGUACCUGAUUAAAGGAGACAUGAUCCGAGCCUUCAUCCUCAAACUGUUCCACAAUGCUUUUGACUGCUGUGGCCUGGGAGGAGUUAUGCAGACGGUCAUAGGUGUUACCAAUAUCUGUCCAAAGCAGUCAUCCAUUCUGGGAAUUUCUUACUCCACCUCUUCUAGUUGCCUGCCUGUGAUUACAAGCCAGCUGGAGGCCUCCACAGUGCUGACAUUUUUUAUGGUUAUUGCUGGUAUUCUGAUCAUGGUUGUUGUUUGCGCUGGUUUUAUUUACCAGCAGCUGUCUCGCCCUGUCGUUGCGUCUCCCCCGUACAUCCCUCUCUCCCCGACUCCUUUGUCUCCCUCCUCCUAUACCAUCUGCUCCACUACUACCUCUCCUCCAGCCUACACCACUGUGGCUGAACAAGUCUGACCUAACAUAAAGCAGACUCUCAGGCAUACUUAUUAAGUCAUUCCUCUCUUUUUUGUUUCUCUACAUACCUGUCCUUUUCAGAAUAAUUAUGGUUAGUGGAUGAUUGGUAGAGUUCUCUCUGUCUUCUAUUAGUUCACAGUGUUCUACUUGAAACUUUUAUCUUUUUGCUCUUCUCUUCUGGUUUUCACUUCUUUCUUUCUCCCUCUCUCUCCUUCUCUCUCCAUCUCUCUGGUAGUUCCUGGUGUUGGUCUGCAGUGUUGUGCUCUGCUCCAGCAUAAAGAACAGUGUCCACUACACACCACCACUCUUCUACUGACCCACAAAAACUCAACGAUGCAGCAUGCCAUCCUUCUGUCCUCCACUUAAUAUUCUCAUUUUCUCCAUCUAUGUUUUCGUAUCCUUCUCUCAUCUUGUCAAUCUCCACUUCCCCCCUUUCACCUCCCAGCCUUCUCCUGGAUUACAUGCAGUCUCAUCCUUCUGUCUCUCCUACACCUGAUCUUCUCUUGUCCUUCUCUUCUCCACUCAGUUUUCUCAUAUCCUCCAUUACUCUCCCAAUAUCCUCCAAACUUCUCCUAAUCCCUUGUCCUCCACCCAAUCUUCUUUUCUCUUGUUCUCCAUCACUUCUCUUCGGUCUUCUUCCACUCCUACUUCAUGCCCCCCCCCCCACCUUUCUUCACUUCCUCUCUUUUAUUCCAUCUAUUCCUUGUUUUCUCUAGAAGAUUUGUCUAUGCAAGUGGAAGAGACAUCAGCAUCGAUGUGCCACUGAGGAGAGCAGGCUUAAACACACACACACACACACACACACACAUGUGGUGUUUCAAUUGAGUUAUUUAUUUUUGUAGUUAAAUGAUGCAAAGGAAAAUUGUUUAUCUUUAUCAGUUUUUCACUAAAAGCACUUUUCUUCAGAGGACCAGGCAAAAUUCCACUCAAAGCCCAAAUCUGUCAUGCAUUCCUAUCAUUAUCAUCCUCAAAAAGAUCUAAAAUCAUAGAAAUGUAUACAUUCCAAAUGCCAUAACAUACACACACACACACACACACACACACACGCAUUUUUCAAAUCGUUUCCAUUUCAUAAUUUUUUUUGCCUUUUGUUUUUAUUGCAUUUUUAUUAAUGCUGUACAAGUUUAGCAUUUAGACUGAUUACAUUUUUAAGUGUGUGAAAUGGAGUGUUAAUGUUACAUUCUCCUUCCUAGAGCAUGAAAAAUGUAUGUUUUUCCUAUAUUAAUAAACUUUGAUGUGGACAUCA